CGUCAGACUGAAAGGGGGCCAGCCCCUUUAAGAAACCGGCAGCGUGGAGUAGAGGCCCGAGGUGCCGAUUGGGCGGCGUGGACCGGAAGUCAAAGGAGGGCUCGUGCUGCGGUUCGGGCGCAGGCUCGGGACCGUCCGCCGCCCCUUUUUCUUCUCCUGGCAGGCCUGGUGCCACCAUGGCUGAGAGGGCUUUUCCGAAUCCCUUUGCAGACUAUGACAAAUCCUUGGCCGCAGGAUACUUUGAUUCUUCAGGGAGGCUCACUCCUGAAUUCACUCAGCAUCUGAAUAAUAAAGUCAAGGAGCUUCUUCAACACAUGGAAAGAGGUCUGAAAUCUGCUGACCCCAGGGACUGUACUUGUUAUACUGGCUGGGCAGGCAUUGCUUUGCUAUAUUUUCAUCUAUAUGAGGUAUAUGGAGACCCAUCCUAUCUUCAGAUGGCUCAAGAAUAUAUAAAGAAGAGUCUUAGUUGCUUGACAAAGCGAUCAAUCACUUUUUUAUGUGGUGAUGCUGGACCUUUGGCCAUGGCUGCAGUUGUAUAUCAUAAACUACACAAUGACAAGCAGGCAGAAGAUUGCAUUGCUCGCUUGUUGCAUCUACCCAAACCAGAUCCACGAAUCCCUGAUGAAAUGCUUUAUGGACGUAUGGGGUAUUUAUCUGCUCUGCUGUUUGUGAACAAACAUUUUGGAGAGGAAAAGAUCCCUCAAAAUCAUAUCCAACAGGUCUGUGAGGCAGUUAUGGCAUCCGGUGAGAAUUUGGCCCAGAAGCGGAAGUUCACAGCUAAGAGCCCACUCAUGUACGAAUGGUACCAGGAGUAUUAUGUAGGAGCAGCCCAUGGUCUAGCAGGAAUUUAUUACUACCUGCUGCAGCCUGGUCUUGGUGUGAGUCAAGCAAAGUUGCAUAACAUGGUCAAGCCAAGUGUGGAUUACGUCUGCCAGUUAAAGUUUGUCUCUGGCAAUUACCCCCCCUGCAUCGGAGACAAUAGAGAUUUGCUGGUCCAUUGGUGCCAUGGUGCACCCGGUGUUAUCUAUAUGCUCCUUCAGGCCUAUAAGGUGUUUGGGGAACAGAAGUAUUUCAGUGAUGCCUUGCAAUGUGCCGAUGUGAUAUGGCAGUGGGGGUUGCUGAAGAAAGGGUACGGGCUGUGCCAUGGUACUGCAGGCAACGCAUAUGCCUUCCUGGCACUGUACAACCUUACUCAAGACAUGAAAUACCUCUACAGAGCUUGCAAGUUUGCAGAAUGGUGUUUAAGUUAUGGGCAACAUGGAUGUCGAACACCAGACACUCCUUUUUCCCUUUUUGAAGGAAUGGCUGGAACAAUAUAUUUUCUUGCAGAUCUUCUGAUACCAACCAGAGCUAGAUUCCCAGCUUUUGAACUAUAAAUUCCUUCUCAGCCAAUACUAAAUACUGACAAGAACUUCAGUUCUUUGGAAAAGGCAGAUUAAAUAGGCUAUUGUCUCAUUUCUUGGCUAGAAAAUUCAAACCCUAAGGGGAGGAGUAUUAAUAUUUACAUUCUAUGUCUGAUCUACUUUCAAAAACUAUUAGUCUUUUUUCUAAGCAUUUUAGGUUUUAUUGAAGGGGGUUUCCAAUUUGACUAAUGUUUUCUGGAAGAUAAAAAGCAUAAUAUAUUUGGCAAUCAAUUAUUUUGCCUUGUUUGUUAGCUAUAGGACAAAUCUUGAAAUUAUUAUCUGGCAAGAAAUAUUCCUAGUGUUGGGACUCCAUGACACAGCAAAGGCUAUGGCUAACACAAAAAUUUAUCAGAGCCCUUUCUGAAACAUAUAUCUUUCUGAUUUCUAUGCACGUUUGUUGUUAAAACAAAUGUACUGCUUUUAUCAGUAACUUGUCACCAAGUGUAUAACUCUUGGAUGAAUGUCCCUGUCUUCAAUGAAUGCUUUAAAGCUGUUUAUAGCACACUUUCAACAGGAAUUGAAUAUGUUUGGAUAUAUUUACUGUAGCAUUUUUCUUAUCUGUAACAGAUUAGAAUAAUUUGGCUUAUAGGACCUGUCUGAAAUCUUUUUGUGAACAGCACAUAUUACUCAGUAUUUAUCAGGAGCUUGUAAACUAAUAAAUCUAUUAUAUAAAAAAAGAAUUUACCAGUAGCCCAGUAUUAGCUUGCGUUAAGGUAAAAUGUCAACUGUACUUCAGCUUUAAAAAAAGGCUGAAAUGAUUCUUCUCGCUUUGUUAAAUUAGCACCUGGCUGAUCUUGCGAGGCAAGUACUGAAAUAUGCAUUUAAUAUAAAAGAGAGGUAGCUGACUGCUUUGCAUCUCCAAAUGAUUAUAAGAGACUGUUCUGUAGUUCUUGCAUCUUAAGAGUGGCAUAAAUGACUUUGAGGUUGCAAUAGUUACCAAUAUGAACUGGAAAAAAAAGACAUUGUUACCUGGAUGUUCAUCAUAACUUUCAGACAAUAGUAUUCAGUAUGUUGAAUAUUAUCUUAAUACAAGUAUCUUCUUCAUUUGACUUUUAGGUACAGUAUAAGCUCUGUUUAUGUGGAUAACUAGUUUGAAGUCUUUGGAACAUACUCUACCCUGCUUUGUUGCUAAGGUUCAUUGAAUUAAAGCUGUUUUGGACAAAUA